AUGGCUGACUCAUGGGACGUCUAUGUUGCCUUCUGCCAACGGAGAGGUAAGGCCCCUUUACAUUGGAUGCUUUUGCUUGCUAACCCUAGAUCGCUGCGCUGUACAUGGUAUCAUGUCGUCGGAGGCCCGACGCAGAAUCGGGACUACGAGCGCAAGAUUCAAGCAGGGAAGAGAAUCGACAGUUUUGGCAUAUCGAAGAAGCAAUACAUUGGUCAAAUUCAGGCACGCGAUAUCAACAAGGUCAAGUCAGCGGUAGUAGUAGUCCCUGUUCAAGCUUGUCAACGCUGGACGGUAGAAGUGCUCGCCGAGCUUGAGCGCAAAUGCCUGAUUCCUGUUGGUACUAGUGCUGAUUAUCAUAAUCAGAUUGAGCCUACUCCCAUUGCAGAAAUUGAACAUGACUGGGUCAUGCUCUCAGGGACAUCUGAAGAGGAAUUGAUCAUAGAAUAA